AUGGGCGGAAUGACUCCGCACGAGCUGCAGUCGGCGGGGACCGACAUUUCGCACGCCGUCGCGCAAAACCAGGUGCAAGCGCAAUCCCCGCGCGCGCAGCAAUCACCAGGGGGAAGCCCUUUCGGAGGGACUGGCGCGGGUGGCGGUGGAGGGGGAAGUGCCGGAAGUACUCCGGGUGUACCUCCGCGGGACUUUUCCGGAGGUUCGGAGUCGCGGCGCCGAACCAAGGUGUCAGCUUUGGAGGUGCCGCCAUGGGAGAUCGUGGCGCAUCUGACGGAAAGCGACUGGAUCGCGCUGAAGGCUUGGAUCGAGGCGGGAUGGAGGUGCCGCAAGUGCGGGCACCUGCGCGACGACGGCGCGGACCACCCCAAGACGCUGGCGCUGCUGCACCGCUGCGGAAUCGUUCCCCCGCACCAGCACCCCCACCUCCCCGCGCACACCCUCUCCCACACCUCCUCCGCGCCCGGCUCCCCCAGCUCCACCCAAUCCGGUGCUGCCAGGUGGCAACAGCAGCAACAGCAGCAGCAGGGUGGGGGUCAGGGGGCGGGGCAUUCCCCCUAUGGCGUUGUGGAGUAUUCCAAGCCGUCUCCUGACGGGCAGAUGGAAUUUUUAUCUGACCAUUCUGGGGGAAGGAGUUCCCGAGGCGGGUCGCCCAGCCACCCGAUGCUUCGCACUGGAACGGGCGGCAGAUCGAUGUCUUAUAUGGGCUCGCCUGGGCGGCAGCACGGGGGAAUGGGCGGGGGAAUGGGCGGGGCAAUGGGGGAAGGGGCGAGCAUGGGGAGAAUGAGCCAUUCAACGCAUUAUGGGUCGGACUACAGUGUGAGGGGGAUGGGGAGAGACGGUAUGGGCGGAGGAGGCGGAAUGGGCGGCGGAAUGGGCGGGGGGAUGGGCGGAGCAGGGGGGAUGGGUCCCGAUGCUUGCCCUAGGCACCACCUAGCGCAAUCACACCACCUCAUGAGCGGGGAGGGGCCUGUCAGCAGAAGCUUCCACGAGGGUUCCUCGUGGGAGAUGAGGAGAGGUGGGGGAGGGGGGAUGGGCGCGGAGGGGGGAGGCGCGGGGGGAGCGGCGGGGGGGAUGGGGGGAGCGGCGGGGAUGGGCGGAGGGGCAGGGGGGAUGGUGGGGGGACCGCAGCGGCCGCUGAUGCGGACGAUGAGCAUGUCUGAGGCGCUGCAGCGGAAGCUGCUUGCUGCUAUCACUCGCGCACACCAAGUGUACUUCAUUGAUAAGGAGCCCAACGGCAGUCUCGUGUUUGACUACCUGCUCUCCGCGCUGCUGGAGGUCACCGAGUCCAGCUUCGGCUUCAUCUCCUCCGCUCUGCUCAAGGCUGAUGGCACGCCCUACCUUAAGACCCAUGCGAUGACGAACGUGGCAUGGACCAAGGAGCUGCGGGCAUGGUACGCGGCAAACGCACACAAGGGGCUGGUCUUCACCAACAUGAACACGCUGCAUGGCGCCGUGGUGCUCACGGGGCAGCAGGUGCUUUCCAACGACGCCCGCAACGACCCACGUGCGAGGGGAGUGCCCCCGGGGCACCCUGUCAUUGAGAAGUUCAUGGGCAUCCCGCUGUAUACAGGCACGGAGCUGAUAGGAAUAUUCGGAGUGGCGAACCGCCUUCAAGGGUACGACGAGCAGCUGGUGAAGGAGAUCGAGCCGCUGACGAUGACAAUCGCGCAGAUGAUCUAUGCGGUGAAUGAGCGGAAGAGGAGGAAGGAGGCCGAGCUGCACUUGUCGAGUGUUGUGCAGGUGGCCAAGGAGGGCAUCAUGUCGCUCUCCCACAGCGGCCACGUCACAUCCAUGAACCUCUCAGCGCGGCAGAUGUUCGGCUACUCGCCCAUCCCUGCCGCUGCCGACACCAACGGCGCUGCUGCUGCUGUUGCGGCAGGGGGCAGCAUCAUCAGCCGUGACAGCAACAACGUCACGCCGCCCCCCAACCUGCAGUUCCAGGAUCUCAUGGUGGAGAUCAACGGGCAGAGAGACUUCCUGGCUCGAGGCCUGGAUGCGGCGAGUGGCAAGGUGCACAAGGGCAUAGGCAGGCGCGUGGACGGCAGCACGUUCCCUCUCGAGGUGUCAGUCUCCAAGGGCACCUACGACACCGUCUUCUACGUGGCCGUGCUGCGAGAUAUUUCCGAGCGACUUGAUGCUGAGAAGAAGCUCAAGGUGAGCGUGUUUCUCCCUUGGGUUGACUUGACUGUGGUUUGGGUAGCUCUGGAGGUGUCAGUCUCCAAGGGCACGUAUGACACCGUCUUCUACGUGGCUGUGCUUCGAGAUAUCUCGGAACGACUGGAUGCCGAAAAGAAGCUCAAGGGCGCGUACGACACCGUGUUCUACGUGGUGGUGCUAAGGGAUGAUUUGGAGAGGCUGGACGCUGAGAAGAAUCUCAAGGAGAGCGAGGAGCGGUGGCUGUAUGCCCUGUCAGGCAGUGAUGAUGGCGUGUGGGACUGGAACGUGCGAGACAACACCAUGUUCUUCUCCGACCGCUGGAAGCAGAUGCUGGGCUACGAGCCUGGAGAUAUCGGCUCAACACUGGACGAGUGGGACCGGUUGUUGCACCCAGAGGACAAGGACAGAGCGUAUGCAGAACUCAAGGAGCAUCUGGACGGUGUGACGGCGCAGUUUGUGAACGAGCAACGGCUGAGAUGCAAGGACGGCAGCUACAGGUGGUUCCUGCAUCGCGGAAAGGUGCUGAGCAAGACGGAGGACGGGGAGCCGCUGCGAUUCGUGGGCACACACACGGACAUCACAGAGAGGAAGAUGUUCGAGCAGGGCAUGGUGCAGGCUAAGGACGAAGCAGAGAGGGCGUCCCAGGCCAAAGCAGAUUUCCUCGCCACCAUGAGCCAUGAGAUCCGCACGCCCAUGAACGGCGUGGUGGGCAUGACAGCCCUGCUUCUGGACACGGACUUGACACCCGAGCAGCGCGACCGGGUCGUCACAAUCCGCGACUCGGGCGACAUGCUGCUGCAGAUCAUCAACGACAUCCUCGACUACUCCAAGAUCGAGUCGGGCAAGCUGGAGAUCGAGCAGACGCUCUUCAACGCGCUGCAGGCGGUGGAGCGAGUGGCAGAGCUGCUGAUCCACAAUGCGGAGAGCAAGGGGCUGGAGGUGGUCAUUGAGAUCAGCCCGGACACUCCCACGUUCCUCGUUGGGGACUCUGGACGAACGCUGCAGGUGCUCAUCAACCUCGUGUCCAACGCCAUCAAGUUCACCGAACGUGGACACGUGAUCUUCCGCCUCUCCUCCUACACCGCCCCCGCCCUCCCGUCCUCACCAUCUCACCCCGCCCUCCCCGCCUCCUCCUCCUCCUCUUCUUCCACCACCACCCUCACCACCACCAACACCUCCGCACCCAAUAGUGGCCCAAUGGUACCGCAGCAGUUCUGGGUGUGCCAGGUCAUCGACACGGGCAUCGGCAUUCCCAAGGAGCGGCUCGGCCGGCUCUUUACUAAGUUCUCUCAGGUGGACGCAUCCACCACACGCAAGUUCGGAGGGACUGGGCUAGGCCUUGCCAUCUCCAAGCAGCUGGUGGAGCUGAUGGGAGGGAGUAUUUCAGUGGAUAGUGAGUUCCACGUGGGGACCACCUUCACCGUGCACCUGCCAAUCAACGCCCACCACCCCGCGUACACGUCAGCACUCUCCCUGUCCACGUCAUCGCUGGCCAACCAGUGCAGCAGCAGCAGCCUCGUCGUGUCUGAGUCAGCAAUCCCGCUCUCCCUCCCCACAUCGUCCUCCACUGGGGGGGGAACGGGGGGAGCGGGGGGAGGGGAAGGGGGAAGGGGGGAGGGGAGGAGGGGGCCACUGUCAGUUGGCAGCAUCCCAUUGGCUAUCGGUUGUGUGGCGGAUGAGUUGGUGAAUCUGAGGCUGCUGGUUAUCUCGCCGAUACAGGUCACAGCGUCAGCCAUAUCAAAGCAGCUGACAGCCUGGCACGUGCCGCACUCGCUGCUCAUCGCCACGCCAGAAGAGGCCAUUCUGCAGCGCCUGCCAGCUGGCACUCUGCCGCCCGCCCCCGCCACCCGGCUGGCGCCGCCCGUGCGGUGGAGGGAUGGCAGUGAGCGGGAGGGCGUGGCGGAGGACUAUGAUGCUGUGAUGGUUGACCUGAGUCAACGCCCCACUCUGGCUGAUGCUAAUGUGAUUGAGGUGCUGGAGUGUCUGGGCAGGGACAGGGUGGGUGUAGUGCUGCUGCUGAACCGCACGCAGGUGACGGAGAAGACAGAGGCAGAGCUCAGAGCCAUCCGGCACUGGCAGGACCGUGCCCCGCCUCUCCUGCUCAACAAGCCCAUGGUUCGCCCCAAGGCGCUGAUGGAGGCGCUAGAAGCUGCGCUGAGGGCGACGCCAGGGGGGGAGAGCCUGCUGCAGGCAGGAGGGGCGGGAGGAGCGGCAAGGGGAGGGCGGGCGAGCGGAGUGGGCACGCGGACAGCAGGGGGCAAGCCGAGCGGACCGAAGCUGAGCGGCCGCAUAUUGUUGGCAGAAGACAAUGCGAUCAACCAGAAGGUGGCGAAAUCGAUGCUAGCCAUGCUGGGAGUGAGUGUGGACCUCGCCAACAAUGGGCUCGAGGCAGUUAACCUCUUCGAGAAGAACCAUUACAACCUUAUCCUCAUGGACUGCCAGAUGCCGGAGAUGGACGGGUGGACGGCCAAGCAAGAUCCGCGAGCUGGAGGCGGCGAGGGGGCAGCCGCCAGUCACGAUUGUGGCACUCACGGCGAACGCACUGAAAGGCGAUCGGGAGCAGUGCCUGGCUGCCGGUAUGACAGACUACAUGUCGAAGCCAGUGAGCAAAGCAGCACUGGAGAAGGUGCUGCGGCACUACCUGGUACCCGCCUGAUUCCUUCCAUGUGCUCGCUUGCUGCGGCACUACCUUGUGCCCGCCUGUUGAGCACCUGA